UCCUUCUGCAAUCAUGGCUCUUAAGGUCGCUCUUUUCGCCGCUGUUGCAGUGAUUUCAGUCUCUGCUGAUUCUCCCCGCCCUCCUGCUCCUUCUUACAGUGCUCCUGCUCCUUCUUAUAAUGCUCCAGCUCCAUCUUACGGAGCACCCUCUCCAUCCUACAAUGCUCCAGCUGCUACGGGCCCAGCGCAGUACGACUUCAACUACGCCGUGAAGGACGACUACUCCGGCAACGACUUCGGACACCAGGAAUCCCGCGACGGAUACAACACUCAGGGAUCCUACUACGUUCAACUUCCCGAUGGUCGUAGGCAAAAAGUGACGUACACUGUCAACGGAGACUCAGGAUACGUGGCUGAAGUGACCUACGAAGGGGAAGCCCAGUAUCCUCAGGCUUCCGGGGGAUACCAACCAGCUCCUAAAGGCGGAUAUGUCGCUCUCUUCGCCGCCGUUGCAGUGAUUUCAGUCUCAGCUGAUUCUCCUCGCCCUCCCGCCCCUUCUUACAAUGCUCCUGCUCCUUCUUACAAUGCUCCAGCUCCAUCUUACGGAGCACCCUCUCCAUCCUACAAUGCUCCAGCGGCUGCGGGCCCAGCACAGUACGACUUCAACUACGCCGUGAAGGACGACUACUCCGGCAACGACUUCGGACACCAGGAAACCCGCGACGGAUACAACACUCAGGGAUCCUACUACGUUCAACUUCCCGACGGUCGUAGGCAAAAAGUGACAUACACUGUCAACGGAGACUCAGGAUACGUGGCCGAAGUGACCUACGAAGGGGAAGCCCAGUAUCCUCAGGCUUCCGGGGGAUACCAACCAGCUCCUAAAGGCGGAUAUGCCUAAGGAUAAAUGACUGGGGAAAUGUUGUAUAUGUGAAUAGUUCACUGAUUAUUCGGACAAUAUUGUUAUAUUUAUUAUGCAUUGAUUUGUAGUAGAUUGAAUGCAAUAAAGAAAAAGCCCA